AUGACAUCGCAAGCUGCGAACGAAGAAGGUCACUCGAGAUUUCGCAGAGACGUCGCCAGGGACGAUAUCCGCAAACCGUACCCCUGUUGCAAGUGCAGUAGGUCCUACACGAAUAAGAGCACCCUGAACCGCCACCUGAGGGAGGAGUGCGGGAAAUUGCCUCACGCAACGUUUCGCGAACCAUUUUCAAGCGAUGUUUUCGUUCGCGAAGGAAGGACAGGCGGCAAUUCGUCGCAGACGACCUCGACGUACUCGAAUUGCUACCAAUGUAGCGACUGCGAGAGGAGCUGCGCUUGGAAGCGGUCGUUUCAACUAUACAUGAAGCUGGAAUGCGGCGGAGAGCCGCAAAGAUCCGUUUACCCGAAGAGGGACCACAACCGCGUCAAUUACGACGCCCCAUUCAUCUGUUACAAGUGCGGAAAACGUUAUACGUGGACGGACUCGCUGACCAGACACCUGCGGGAAGGCUGCGGGAAAUUGCCCAGGCACAAAUGUACCCUCUGCGGUAGGAAGUUCAAACUUUACUUCAGUCCAGACUACUACAAGAGAUUCGGGAGACACUCCUGUUCGGUCUGCGGGAAGGAGUACAGAUGGAUGCAGUCGCUGAUUAGGCAUGAACGAGAAGAAUGUGGAAAGGAUCCGCAGUACUGUUGCCCUAUCUGUGGAGCAAAGAUCCGCCACAAGUGGAUGCUGAAAAAGCACCUGGUCAACCUUCAUCAGUGGAACGCCCCGGAUGGAAAGAACACUUAA